CAGCGGAAGCGGCCUGAGCGGGGUUUGGAGAGAUGAGAACUGCAUCCGGGGCACGAUUUCGCCUAUUGUCUGGGUUACGGAAUUGGCCUAGGGGAUCGCGCAGCCUCCCAUUGAGCCCUAGCGCGAUUGCGGUCUGAGGGGGGCGAAGCUCCCUGACGGGUACAGGCGGUUUUCUGCAUGCCCGGGAGCAGCUGCUCGGAUUCAGUGAUGGAUCGUAGCUCGAAGAGGCGGCAGGUGAAGCCUUUGGCAGCUUCCCUGCUGGAAGCUUUAGAUUAUGACAGUUCAGAUGACAGUGACUUUAAGGUUGGAGAUGCUUCAGAUUCUGAAGGCAGUGGACAUGGCAGUGAAGAUGGAUCAAAGGAUAGCGGAGAAGGUUCCUGUAGUGAAUCAGAAGAAAACAUAUUGGAGGAAGAGCUGGCAGAAGAAGAUGAAGAAAGGAAAAAACCAGAGGAAAAACCUAAAAAUUCAGGUGGAGAAGAACUGCCAGUAACAGAGAAAAGGACUAUUAAAACUGAGAAAAAAGAAGAGGAGGAUGAAGAAGAGGAAGAUAGAGAAGCAGAAGAGAAGGGAAAAAAGAAAAAGGAGAAAGAAAAAGAGGGAGAGAAGCCCAAUGAAGGAGAUGCUGGUGUUGAUGAGCACACAAAUGAGCCAAAAAAGUGGAACCUGAGAAGAAAUCGCCCUCUUUUAGAUUUUGUAUCUAUGGAAGAACUAAAUGAUAUAGAUGACUAUGACAGUGAAGAUGACAAUGAUUGGCGCCCAACUGCAGGAAAAAAGAAGGGGAAAAACACACUGCGCAGAGAAGGAAGUGAUGGUGACAAUGAGGAUGAUGAAGAUGAUGGGAGUGGAAGUGAUGAGGAUGACAAUGAAGAGGAAGCCAAUGAUGAUGAAGAUAGCAGUGCUGCUAGCGAUGGGGAAUCCAAGAAGAAAAAAAACAAAGCUCUUAGCAGAAAUAGUGUUGAUGAGGAGGAGCUGACAAAUGAUAGCCUGGCUCUUUCACAAAGCAAGAGCAACGAGGACUCGCUGAUUCUUGAAAAAUCUCAAAAUUGGAGUUCCCAGAAAAUGGACCAUAUUAUGAUUUGUUGCGUUUGCCUUGGAGAUAAUAGUGAAGAUGCUGAUGAAAUAAUUCAGUGUGAUAAUUGUGGAAUAACAGUACAUGAAGGUUGUUAUGGUGUUGAUGGUGAAAGUGAUUCCAUUAUGAGCUCUGCUUCAGAAAAUUCCACUGAACCAUGGUUUUGUGAUGCUUGCAAAUGUGGUGUCUCUCCAAGCUGUGAACUUUGUCCCAAUCAAGAUGGAAUCUUCAAGGAGACAGAUGCUGGCAGAUGGGUUCAUAUUGUUUGUGCAUUAUAUGUCCCCGGAGUGGCAUUUGGAGAUAUUGACAAAUUGCGACCAGUAACUCUUACAGAAAUGAACUAUUCCAAGUACGGUGCAAAGGAAUGUAGCUUCUGUGAAGAUCCUCGUUUUGCAAGAACUGGUGUUUGUAUUAGCUGUGAUGCUGGAAUGUGUAGAGCUUAUUUCCAUGUGACUUGUGCUCAGAAAGAAGGUCUAUUAUCAGAAGCGGCAGCAGAGGAGGAUAUUGCAGAUCCUUUCUUUGCUUACUGUAAACAACAUGCUGACAGAAUGGAUAGAAAAUGGAAGCGCAAGAACUAUUUGGCUUUACAGUCCUACUGUAAAAUGUCUUUGCAAGAAAGAGAAAAACAACUUUCACCUGAAGCUCAGGCUCGAAUUAAUGCCAGACUUCAGCAGUACCGUGCUAAAGCAGAAUUAGCACGCACCACAAGACCACAAGCCUGGGUUCCAAGAGAAAAAUUGCCACGGCCACUCACUAGCAGUGCUUCAGCAAUACGUAAGCUCAUGCGUAAAGCUGAAUUAAUGGGCAUUAGUACAGAUAUCUUUCCUGUUGACACUUCAGAUACCAGUUCCAGUGUGGAUGGAAGACGAAAGCAUAAACAACCAGCGUUGACUGCUGAUUUUGUGAAUUAUUAUCUUGAGAGAAACAUGCGCAUGAUCCAGAUUCAGGAGAAUAUGGCAGAACAGAAGACAAUUAAGGAUAAGCUGGAGAAUGAACAAGAAAAACUUCAUGUAGAAUACAACAAGUUGUGUGAAUCUUUAGAAGACCUUCAGAAUAUGAAUUCAAAGUUGCGAAAUGAAGGGCAAGGAAUGUGGGCUCUCCUAGGAAGAAUUAUUGGACAGAAACUAAAUAUACCAGCAAUUUUGCGAGCACCCAAGGAGAGAAAACCCAGUAAAAAGGAAGGUGGAACUCAUAAGACUACAACCCUUCCAGCAGUACUUUAUAGUUGUGGGAUUUGCAAGAAGAACCAUGAUCAGCACCUCCUUUUGCUGUGUGAUACUUGUAAACUCCAUUAUCACCUUGGAUGUCUGGACCCUCCACUUUCAAGGAUGCCAAGGAAGACUAAAAACAGUUACUGGCAAUGUUCAGAAUGCGACCAAGCAGGUAGCAGUGACAUGGAAGCAGACAUUGCCAUGGAAACUUUACCAGAUGGAACUAAGCGAUCAAGGAGGCAGAUUAAGGAGCCAGUAAAAUUUGUUCCACAGGAUGUACCCCCAGAACCAAAGAAGAUUCCUGUCAGAAACACGAGAACUAGAGGAAGAAAACGAAGCUAUCUUCCAGAAGAAGAAAAACCUGAGGAAAGGAUUCCAAGAGAAAGAAGACAAAGACAAUCUGUAGUACAAAAGAAGCCAAAAUCUGAGGACUUAAGAACAGAAUGUGCUACAUGUAAGGGAACUGGAGACAAUGAAAAUCUAGUCAGAUGUGAUGAAUGCAGACUAUGCUAUCAUUUUGGUUGUUUGGAUCCUCCCUUGAAAAAAUCUCCAAAGCAAACUGGCUAUGGAUGGAUUUGUCAAGAAUGUGAUUCUUCCUCAUCUAAAGAGGAUGAAAAUGAACCUGAAGGAAAACAUCCCUCUCAAGAGAUAAACAUAGAACAGAAAAAUUCCAAAAAAUAGAAAUAUCAUUCCUCUCUGAAAUAUGUUUUCAAAAAAAUUAAAUGUCAUUCCUCUUUGAAAUGUAUUAAGUAAUAUCAAAGUAAUUAAUGUGUCUCAUUGUAAAAAUUAUAGAACAUUCCCAAUAAAAGACAUUGGAAAUUAAAAUGUAUCUUACUCUGAGGAAUUGUUUAAAUGGCUUUUGGUAAUAUUUAUGAUUAAGAAAUCAUGAAUUUUUCAUUACACACACACACACACACACACAAUAUAAAAGCAUUAAAAUUAUGUGCAGUAUAAUCUUUUUUGUGAUACACAUUUCUUGAAAUUCUCCAUUGUGUUAUUUAAGGUAUAUGCUGAAAGACUCAGUAGCAUUCAGAAUGUAUCCCAUAUCCCACAGCAUUUCUAUGUGGUUUGUGAUUGAUUUUGGUAGUUACAAAUUUUAAUAAUUAGGUAAUAGAAAUAUGACUUUUUUCUGAAUUGAAAUAAUUGUAAACAUUAUUUCAAAAAUAAAAUAGGAUUCUUUGUAAAGUUGCAUCCCAUUUGAGUAAUUCAUGUAUUUAGCAUAGUAUGGCAAGCCAUGUUGGAUUAGUUCCAAAUAAGAAUUCAGUUGUUGUUUGUUCAGUAAUAGUUUAUAACUUUACAUUUGCUUAAUAAAACAU